AUGUUGCAAUACGCUAAAUUUGGACGUUUUCUCGCCGGAAUUAGUGCGGCGAUCACACAGGGCGGUCAGCUACUCUACGGCACCGCAAGAGCAAUAAAGACUGUAACCAUCAUGGUCGGCAACGAGACUUUUAGGACGCAUCCAAUAACAUGUCCAACAUACAUAAGUUCCGCAUUAGUGAGUGUUUGCAGCCUCACAGGAGUUCUCGCGAUGCAUGUCUGCGGUCAACUCAACGUAUUGUAUACGUGGUUGAACGAACUUGUAAUUGAUUAUGAAAAGAACGGAAAUCGAUCAGUUGAACAAAAAUUAUCUGCUAUUGUGGAGCAUCAUUUGAGAGCAUUAAGUUUUAUAGCACGUGUGGAAAAUAUUAUGCAUAAAGUUUGUCUUGCAAUAUUGAUGGGCUGCACGCUAAAUAUGUGCUUACUUGGAUAUUACGCAAUUAUGAAUUGGGGUGUUUUUGAUGCAGCAAAAAUAUUGUCAUAUAUUAUUUUAUAUACUUCAAUGAGUUUUAAUAUAUUUAUUUUUUGCUAUAUCGGCGAGAUUUUGACAGAACAAUGCAAAAAUGUCGGAGACGUGGUAUACAUGAUUAAUUGGUAUCAAUUACCACACAGAACAGCCCUUUGUCUCAUUUUAAUAAUAAUGCGAUCAAGUAAUGUAAUCAAAAUAACCGCAGGAAAGUUAAUUCAUUUGUCUAUUGCAACUUUUGGCGAUGUAAUUAAAACUUCCAUGGCGUAUUUAAAUAUUUUACGAACAAUGACGUAA